GAAGCAGAUUCAAUUUCCAAUCUGCUGCUAAAGGUAGCUUUGAGUUUUCCGAACAUAUUUGCGCAUUUCUGUUUCAUACACGCAGCGCUAACCUUGCAUUACCACCAGUCGGCACCGAUAGAGUUUUCACCAAUGAACUUAUUAAUCGCUUUCCGACCUAAUUAUAGUAGGAAUAGGUGUAUAUCUGAUUCAAUAAUAUCUAAUUCAUACUGAGUCUGGUUUCCUGACAACACGAUAAAUAAAGUACACAGCAGGCGAAGUUGAUAUGGUUUGACGCUACUAUUCCUCAGCUGGAUCGCUGGCUUGGUACGGGGUUCCUGGACUAAUUUCCCGAAAUUGAGAUGUGGUGCGAGCGGCUUCAUGAACUGUGUUUAACACUUCUCGUCUUUUUUUGUAUUGUGCUAGAAUGUUCGUGUUUAACUUUUAAGUAUCAUAACAAUAGUGAACUAGAGCAGGUUUUGAAAAAUUUUACCAAUUCCACCACUAACAUCAGGACUAGAUUGGAGAAGAUCGGAAGUUCUUUGAAUAAAAUACCACUUUGGGCUAUUGAACUCACUGCAGCAGAAAAAGAUGCAUUAGGAGUGCCAAAUAUAAAACUAAUUGGAAAUAUCCAUGGCAAUGAAGCAGUAGGCAGAGAAAUCAUCUUGAAUUUUAUGGAGUACCUACGAACAGAAUACGACAGGAACACCACAAUCCAGUGGCUCCUCAACAACACUCGGAUCCAUUUUCUACCGACGAUGAAUCCGGAUGGUUUCGCGGUGUCCCAUGAAGGAAUGUGCGCUGGGGAAUAUGGAAGAAAGAACGGAAAACAGGGCGAUGUGGAAGAUCUCAACAGGAACUUCCCGGAUUUCUUCCACGACAACAAGAUUCCAAGACAACCCGAAACUGUUGCUGUGAUGAAUUGGAUGAAACGGAUUCCUUUCAUAUUAUCCGCUGGUCUUCAUGGAGGAGCCGUGGUGGCAAACUAUCCUUUCGACACCGUCAAGGAAGAAAGAUGGAAGACACUUCUGAGAAGAAUAGAGACAGUUACAGAUUCUCAGGUGGAAUACGAAAUGAGGAUCCAAUAUUUGGCUUCCAUACCUAUAAAUCCACCAUCUUUGACUCCGGAUGAUGACGUAUUCCGACAUUUAGCUACUGUAUAUUCCCAAAAUCAUCUCACAAUGCACAAGGGGGUGAUUUGCGAUGAUGGAAAAAAAUUCCAAGGUGGCAUAACCAAUGGUGCUGCAUGGUACCCAUUUUCUGGGGGAAUGCAAGAUUACAAUUACGCCAAACAUGGUUGUAUGGAAUUGACGUUGGAAAUAUCAUGUUGUAAAUUUCCUAGAGCCAGCGAGCUGCCCCACUUAUGGGACGAAAAUAAAAUGGCUCUGUUACGAUACGUUAUGGAGGCACAUAGAGGUGUUACAGGCCAAUUGUUGGAUUCUGUCACUAAUGAGCCAGUUUCUAGAGCAGACCUGAAAAUUGUUGGGAGAAAUAUAACAUUCCAUCCUUCAAAUAAGGGCGAGUUCUGGAGACUACUUCUACCGGGAAAUUAUCAGAUUCAGGUGGAUGCGCCAGGUUAUUAUCCAAUAAUUCAGGAAUUCUCAGUAAAGAAUUUCUCCGCUGCAGAGCUUCCUUCAUUGACCAAAAUGAAAAUACUCCUUUUAAAUGACACCAUACCUACAACUGCGAAGCCAGUAACAUCCUCGUCGUCAUCAACGGCCGUCAAGUGGGAUUUCAAGGAAACCAGGAUCGAAGAAGAAGAAGAAACGACAAUAUUGGAAAUGAAUCAUUUCCUCAGACACUUUCAGUACACAGCCGAUCCAAAUUCCGAAUACAACAAUGGGUUGAAACCAAAUUUCUUUUCCUGUUUCUUGUCUAUGCUCGUGAUCGAAGUGUUUGUUUUUACUAUUUUGUAGUAUUUUAUCUUCAUGCGACAUUCCUCUAAUUAUAAGUUUUUUAUCUGUGAUGUAUAUUAAGUAUUAUACGUAUAAGUAUUUUCGGGAAUAAACAUUUUAUACCGUA